UCUCCCUUGUGCAUGCUCCAAUCCAGAAUUUUCGCGACUAUUGUUUACUUUAACUACACUCUACAGUUGCACUCCGGUGAAAAAUUCUUGAUAAUAUUUGUUUCAGAAUGGCCUGCGAACCAUUGUUAUGUUAUAAUAAAGGUUGCGGGCAAAAGUUCAAGCUCGAAGAAAACUCUGAAACUGCGUGUACAUAUCACCCUGGUGGUCCUAUUUUCCAUGAUGCAUUGAAAGGCUGGUCCUGUUGUAAGAAACGAGUGUCAGAUUUUACAGAAUUUUUAAAUAUAAAAGGUUGUAUAGUAGGACACCAUAAUAAUGUUAAACCAGUAGAACCAGAAAAACCUGAAAAACCUCCUGUCUCUACUAAAGAGCCAAUGUAUCAACUGGAAGUCAAGCCACAGCACAAGCCUCCUAUACCAGCAGCCAAAGAAAGACCUUCAGCGGAGGAGCCAAUGGUGGAGAUUAAGAAGACAGUGGGACCCUCGCUUAAAACACAGCUGGACAAACUUAGUUUGAAUGAUAGCAAUGAUGACUCUGCUCAAGAUGAUGGUGUAAUUAAACUAGGAACUGCUUGCAACAACAAAGGGUGUAAAGCACGAUUUGAAGGUGAAAGUAGUAAUGAAGAGACAUGCAUCUUUCAUCCUGGGAACCCAAUCUUUCAUGAAGGCAUGAAAUACUGGACUUGUUGCCAGAGGAAGACAUCAGAUUUUGAGGCAUUUUUAAAUCAAGAAGGCUGUGAGACUGGAUCUCAUAAUUGGCACAAACCAAAGGUGACUGAAGAGAAACAAGUUCGUGUUGACUGGCACCAGACUUCCUCUGUUGUUUGUAUUUCUAUAUUUGCUAAAGUAGCUAUUCCAGACAAGACAGUCAUCAAAGCCAACCGUGUGAAGUGUCAAGUGAGUGCUUUAUAUGAAGGUGGUACAAAGUUAUACCAGAAGACAUUUACACUCAGAGAGGCUAUUGAUCCAAGUUGCAGUAUUGUCAAAUUACUGGGAACAAAACUUGAAAUAGAACUUAAGAAAGCAGAAGCAUUUUCCUGGCCCACAUUAGAGCUCCCAGAAAAGCCAACAUCAUAAUUAAACAAGGCAUUUAUGGUAGUAUUUGUAAAUUUGGCAUUCAUUAGUUUUGGUGGCAUUUAAUUGUUGUAUGAUAGGUGAGGAGUUUUAGUACAUGAUAUUUCAAAUCUAAUAUUUGUUCAAUGUAAUACUAUUGGAGAUCUUGACUAUUAGUUAUAAAAUGAUAUUUAGCUUUAUAUUAAAGCACCAAGAGAAUGUCUCUUCAUUUUUAGAAAUGUCAUAAAAAUCUCUUUUAAAACUUUGUAAAUUGUAGUACUUCCAGAAGCAGCCAUUAGUUGGGAAAUCUCAUAUUUAUGCCCAUUCUUAACUGGUCAUUGGAAAAAAAAAGUUUUUUACGCUCUAAGUUUCAUCCUUAUUCUUGUACCUUGACAUUUUUAGAACAAAUAAACCUCCCAAAUAUUCUUAAAAGUCAUAUAGUUCAUUAAUGCAGGAGAAACAAUGUCAUUGUGUGAGAAAUUUUAAAAGAAAGUGAUGUCAACAUUGUAAUCAUUAAAACAUAUUUGAUGAGGUUGGAAAUUUACUUUUUAUUUAGUUUAUUAUGAAGGCAGAAAAAUUUUUAACGGUUGAGAUUGUUAAUUUAUGCAAAACUAUUUAAUGAUUAUUAUAAUCCACUUUGGAUUUGUCUGAAAUUUCUGUGGAAAAUUGUCAAUUUAUUCAUCAUUGUAUUAAAUAUUUUGGGUAUUAAAAACAUUGUAAACUGG